ACGGCGCUGCUGGCGGCCGACGAGGAGGAGGCCUCAGGUGGCGGCCUGGGCGGAGUGAGACCGGGGGCCGGCACGCCGCUGCGCCAGACACUGUGGCCGCUCAGCGUACACGACCCCACGCGCCGAGCCCGUGUCAAGGAGUACUUCGUGUUCCGGCCCGGCACCAUCGAGCAGGCAGUGGAGGAGAUCCGUGUGAUGGUCCGACCAGUGGAGGAUGGCGAGAUCCAGGGGGUGUGGCUGCUGACCGAGGUGGACCACUGGAACAACGAGAAGGAACGGCUGGUGCUGAUCACUGACCAGUCAUUGCUCAUCUGCAAAUAUGACUUCAUUAAUCUUCAGUGCCAGCAGGUGGUCAGGAUUGCACUCAACGCAGUGGAUACCAUCUCAUACGGAGAAUUUCAGUUUCCCCCUAAAUCACUCAACAAGCGAGAAGGCUUUGGAAUUCGCAUUCAAUGGGACAAGCAAAGUCGCCCUUCCUUUAUCAACAGAUGGAACCCCUGGUCUACAAAUGUGCCCUAUGCCACGUUCAUAGAACACCCAAUGGCCGGUGCAGAUGAGAAGACAGCCUCUCUGUGCCAAUUGGAAAGCUUCAAGGCUCUGUUAAUCCAAGCUGUCAAAAAAGCCCAAAAAGAAAGUCCUUUGCCAGGACAAGGGAGCAGCGUGCUCGUCUUGGAUUGCCCCCUCCUCAUUGAGACCUACGUGGGAUUGAUGUCCUUCAUUAACAACGAGGCUAAACUGGGUUAUUCCAUGACCAGAGGCAAAAUAGGCUUUUAGACAGCUGAAUUCUAGGAGUCCCCAACCCCAGAAAAGCCAAGUUGACAAUGGGGACUCAGGAAGAGUCUGUAAGGCCUCACCCAGCUCUACUACCACUGGAAGGAUAGUGGAUCAUUUAUCAUUAGGGAUCUGAGUGCAAUUAGAAUAGUAAAGUGAUUCAAUAUAUACAUUUAGUUGGAUAUUGAACAUCUGAUAAUAUGAGCUACAGACAAAAAGCAAAAAGAAUCUAGCUGUCAUUGUGCUGCUGUACGUUUUCUGUAACUUUAAUAUCUUGUUUUCCUGGAGUGCAUCUAUUCCGCUUCUCAUGGUUCUUCCUACGCCAGCCACCUGAGCAUGCUAAGAUUCCACACAUAAACCCGUUACCACUUUGGUUGUAUAGACUGUUAAAUACGGGGAGGGACCGAGUAUCUCGAGUGCCUACAGUUGCAAAUAUGUUUACACUCAGUGUCAACUUUUGUAUUUUGAAAUUUAAUCCAUUUUUUAAAAGCUAAAUACAAAAGAAGUCAGCAGACUGGUUAGCUAAGCAAGGUACAGUCUGUGCCUUGUCAGCUCCUGAAUGAACAGUUGCUCUUUUGUAAAUAUGUGUUUGAUCUAAAAUCAUACUUUUUUCUAAAAUUAAUCCAAGUUGUGUUAAUACUCAACAGCAUACUUUCCAGGCCCAAAAAGGUUUACAAAUCAUUUUAAGACAAUUUAUUAAUUUGAGAAAGUCACCUCGAUAGUUCUUUGCAUGCAAUUUUGACAACUAUAUGUACUCAAAGUUUGUAUUGUUAAAUUCAUAUUUAAAAGGGAAGUGGGUAGUUUGCUUUUUAAAGGAUGCACUUUAAAAAAAAUGAACCAUAUUAGAGCCUCACAAAGCAGCUAAUGUCCACCUGGGUUCCUGCCACCUUCACGUGGAUAUGACUUUGUCAGAGUCUUACACAACACAUGCUUGAGUGUCGACACACGUGUGGGAUCCUAACAUACCUUCCCUACAACCACAUGUAGCUUGCUUGUGUGACUAGAAGCACUUACUGAUAAACUUUAAAUGCUGGCUCACCGGUUCCUUCCUUAUUCACAAGUCUGUUGUAGCUUUAAACUAACUGGCAUGAAUGUGAUCAGGCUGCGAAUGAAGAGUCUGCCCAAAUAGAAAGGCUGCCUUGGAAAUUCACCAGUCAUCAGCCUUUGUUUUGGUCUCUUAGUAAAGACAUUUAGAACCAAACAGAUACCGUUUUUUCUUGGAGUCAUUGUUAUUAAAAUAGGUGUAACAGCCAAGAAAUUACCUCUAAAGUAUUUUAAAGCCUGAACUGUUUUCUGUAAUAGCUUUGUAAACCUGCCAACUUGCUAUACAUUUGCAGGAACAAGGGUUCUACGGUAACAGGCUGACACUGAGUUGGUUCUCUUCACAAAAAAGCAAAUCAUGAGAGCAGACCAUGAACUAGGUUUGCAAUCCUAGGUCAACCCUAAGAGUGCUUGAGGCAGGCCACCUGUCAAGCACCUGCUCAUGAGCCCAAGUGAUAUUCUGCAUGGGCCUAUGUGCUUCUGCACACAGCCGGGUGUGUGGAGAGCAGCCAUUCUGAACAAACAUGGUGACCUUCAGACACAUGCAGAAACAUGGUUCCUUGAGCUUCAUUUGCAUAGUGACGAAAGCAAUGAACAAACACGCUAGCUGCAUGCUGUUACUGAUACUGCAGAGCAAUUUCAGGUUAAAGGAAGUCACGUGUUUAUCAGAAUCAGCCAGUCGUGUUCACAUCAUCAGCCGAUUAACAUCUGAAAACAAAUGGCUUUGUACUUUAUUUCCUCUUCCCCCAUUUUCUUCCCUAUAAAAUAAACCUGAGAUCAGUU